GUGGGUCACGUGGCAUUAUUGAAAAAUUCUUCUUUACGAGUCGAUUUGUGCGAUAAAGCGAGUUUGAUCUACUUGUCAGUAAAAAUACAGACUUGCAAACAGAAAAUUGAAAGCUGAUAGGAAGACGGUCAAAUUAGGAUGGCAGCAGAUCAAAAGGUUAUUUUAGUCACAGGAGGAAGUGGAUUGGUUGGUAAAGCCAUUGAAAGAGUUGUGCAAGAUGAAAAAAGAGAUGAUGAAAAGUGGAUAUUUGUUUCUUCCAAAGAUGCAGAUUUGACUGAUCGAGAUGCCACCAAGGCGAUGUUUGCAAAACAUAAACCAACUCAUGUCAUACAUUUAGCAGCUUUUGUGGGGGGCUUAUUUCGAAAUCUGAAGUACAAUUUAGAUUUUUUUAGAGUAAAUUCUAUUAUCAAUGAUAAUGUAUUACAUACAAGUUAUGAAACUGGUGUGAAGAAAGUUGUAUCAUGUUUAUCAACCUGUAUAUUUCCUGAUAAAACAACAUAUCCUAUUGAUGAAACAAUGGUACAUAAUGGUCCACCUCAUAGCAGUAAUUUUGGCUAUUCAUUUGCCAAAAGAAUGAUAGAUGUACAGAACCGUGGUUAUCACACCCAGCAUGGAUGUAACUUUACUUCAGUCAUUCCAACUAAUGUAUUUGGUCCUUAUGACAACUUUAACUUAGAAGAUGGCCACGUUUUACCUGGUCUCAUAAACAAGGUUCACACAGCUAAAAAAAAUAGCACUCCAUUUGUGGUGUGGGGAACAGGCUCUCCUAGAAGACAAUUUAUAUAUUCUCUAGAUUUAGCUAGAUUGUUUUUAUGGGUACUGAGAGAAUAUAAUGAAAUUGAUCCAAUAAUCUUGUCAGUUGGAGAGGAAGAUGAGGUAUCUAUUAGAGAAGCUGCUGAACUGGUUGUGGAAGCCAUGGACUUUAAAGGGGAAGUCAAAUAUGAUACUGAAAAAUCUGACGGUCAAUUCAAGAAAACAGCCAGUAAUGCUAAACUAAGGAAAUAUUUGCCCGAUUUUAAAUUUACCCCUAUUAAACAAGCAAUCAAGGAAACCUGUAAUUGGUUUGAACAAAAUCCUGACAAAGUGCGAUUAUAAAUGGUGUUAUAUAAAAAUGAUAUUUGUGGGUUUGUAUCUCUUAUAGGCUGAUUUUUUUUUUAACUUUUGGUUGUUAAUUAUGUAUUUUGUUACGUUUGUUUUUGUUUAUACCUAAGGUUGCUGCUCAUUAAAUUAUUGUUGACUUGUUUUUAGAUGUUUCACAUUAAAAAUGACUAAUCUUAUAUGAACUUGACUUUUCCAUGACAGGAUUUAUGACUUAAAUUCAUUUUUGAGAUCACAGAGUCUAUAAUGUAAAGGACACUUCAAGUUGUGGAAUUAGAAUUGAAUUUUUCUGCCAAAUUUUAUCCAGUAUGUCUUAACACUAGAAUAACAAACUUAAGAGCUGUUGUUUUUGUUAAUUUUACAAUCUUUAGUGUUUUAUAUUAUCGAAAGUUCUAUUAUGAAAUCUUCUGAUCAUUUUUCUUGUUUUAACAUAUUUUUGUCCUCAAAUGAACAAUAUGUGACAUUUCUUAUUUUCAAACACAAAAUGCAUUAUUUACAGUACCCAUUUCUUACAAUCUGAGACUUCAUCAUAAGGAAUAUAAUCACACAUUUUAUAAUCACAUUUUGGAUAAGAAUAGAAUGACACUUUCCUAUCACAUUAUGGAUAUAUAGAAAAAAAAUUGCAAUUUAUAUUAGAAAACAUUCACAGUAUAGAAUCACACUUUAAAAUCAUGCCUUAUGCAUUUUAAUACAUUAUUGUCUAAAUUAUUAUAAAAUAUACCAGUAUAUAUGUAUAUAAACAAUGUCCAGUCUAAUGCAAUUUUUUAAAGGAGUUCAGUCUUUGGGUCUUGUAUGGUCUUCAGGAAUUGUCUUGGGAGGAGUUUUUUUUAAAUCAUUUGUCUUGUAAUCCCCAAAAAAAUUGUAUUGCUGUUUCAAAAAAAAUUGAAAAAAGUGGAAGAUCUUUAUCAAAGUAUUGGAUUAAGCUUGACAUUUUAUUUUUCAUAUUUCAUUUUACUUUAACUUUUGCAAGGUUUUAUUAAAAUUAUUCAAUUUACUUGUUGGGUUUCUUCUGCCAAUGUUGUUGUUUAUUUUUAUUAUUGGUUACUAUGGUUACAUCACUUGAUCACAGUAUUGCAUCAGGAUAAUUAUCUCCAUUGUGUUGUUCUGACAUUCCACCUGUCUCUUUAUUGUCUAUUAAUUAAUCUGAGAAUAAAGAUAAUAUUUACUUCUGGAUUUGGAAACGGACGUUUGGGUAUCUAUUUUAUACAUUAAUUAGAACUGUAUACAAAUUAUUUAAAUUUUAAUUGCCCUGCCAAAUCAAUAUACUUCCUACCCCAGGGUAACCAAAUGGACCAUGCAAGACUAUCACCACCAUCUGACUUCAGUUAAAGUGACAAAUUUAAGUUAUUGUCCUGCAGGUGUCUUCAAAUAUACUUGCAUGCCUUGCCAUGUAUACUGUCCUAUCAUAAUAUUAUAUAAAGAUAAUUGGUUACAAUGUUUUCAAAAUGGUUUUAAACAUACAAAUCUUAAUAAAUAAAAUAUAUAUUAUGUA